AUGGACCAAAAGCUCGGCAAGUGGAUGUUCUGGCGUCCCAAUGAGCGCCGGGUGCUGCUCAUGGGCCUCGACUACUCUGGCAAGACGACGCUCUUAUACCGCUGGGUCCUCGACGAGCCCUUUGAGCCCAUCCCUACUAUCGGGUUCAAUCUAGAGACGAUAAAGCACCCCACCGGCCUCACUUUUCAAGUAUGGGACGUUGGAGGGUGCGACAAGCUCCGGCCACUCCAUCGGCACUACUUUUCCGACACGGAUGCCGUGAUUUACAUGCACAACUGCGCGGAUAUGGAGAGGCUGGACGAGCAGGUGCAGGUGCUUACCGACUACAUGUCGGACGAGGCGCUGCAUCGCGUGCCCGUCCUGGUCGUGCUCAGCGUGCAGGACCUGAUGGCGCCCGACACAAGGGACCAGGACAUGGAAAAAAUUCUGGCAGCAUACAAUGAGCUCAUUGCCUGUUUCAAGAGACCGGCGCUUCUCAAGGUCUUCCACAGUCCCGGCUUUUCAGCCAAGACGACCCAGAACACGCACAUUGUCCUGGAUGAGGUCGCCAAGAUGCUGGCAGACAAGACCGGCGCUGCGUCUGCAUCGAAAGCAGCGGGUGCGGACCCUCUCCAGCCAAGCACGGAUGAGUUGGACGCCGAGCGGGCAAGGACACUGGUCGACGCCGACGCCAUGACGACGGAGGACUUUUGGCGUGCGUUGGGCGACGGGUCGCUGGCGCCCUGGGACCAUUACAACCACCUCAAAUCGGGCUUCUUUGUCCUGAUCGAGGCCUUUGAACAGGGCCGCGGUGUCCUGGACGCGGCCGAGACAUUCAUCGGCCAUCUGGAGCGCCUGAGAAAGGGAAACCCGGAGCGCUUUCGGAACACGACGCAUCGCACCAUGACCAUUUUCUGGCUGGCCCAGCUUCACGUCGCUGCCCUCAAUUACAUCAACACCACUGACACGAAGCGCGUGCUCGCCAGGGAGGACUUCAAGGCCGUCCUCUUGCACACCCCCCGACUCACCGACUCCAGGCUCUGGGGCCAAUUCUACUCCAAGAGCGUCCUGUUCUCUCACGAGGCCAAAGAACGAUGGAGUCUGCCCAACAUCAAGCCCCUGCCGUCUGUCGUCGCCGCCGAAAAGCACCAACGGGCCGGGCAAGCGCCCCCGCCGACGGCCGUCGAUGCGGACCGGCUCAUUGGCUUCGGCCUCACCGUCGUGCAGCAGACGCUCGCCUCCCAGGGCCGGCGGGGGCCCAUCGUCAAGGCGGCGCUGGCGGCGCUCGAGUCCUCGACGAUGCGGGAGCGCGCCGUCACCACCGCCAUCGCGCCGUACUCGGCGACGCAGGCCUACUUCUGGGUGCAGACGGUCCACGCCGCCAUUGCGACAGCAGCGAGCGCCACUGAUGCGGAGAAGAAGCCCGGCGCUGCGCUAACGUGGGCCGGGUCGGUCGAGUCGCUCACGCUGCCGGCGUUCAAAGCCCUCUUCGGCAUCGCCGGGGACGAGUGGCGCGCGCACUACUCGCCCGCGCUGUGGGAGAGCCUCGGCGCGCGCAUGCAGUUCCUGCCGCCGGACAAGAAGCCGCUGCCGAACCUGAUUGCGGUGCACGACGGCGGCAGCGUCCGCGCGGCGCGCGGCGCCAUGGUGCAGAGCUACGCGGCGGAAAAGGAGCCGCGCGCGGAGCUCCCGCCGCCGCAGGCGCUCGCUGUCAUGGCGGCGGUGCUGGUCCAAGAGCUCGCAGAGGACAGGUCUGGAGGCAGCGAGCAUGGCGUCAUGAUCCAGGCGCUGUUCAAGAUGCUACGGCCGAGCCGGGACAAGGACCGUCGGGGACGGUCGCGGGCGAUUGCUGAGGCGCUGGCGCUGCCGUGUGCCGGCGUGGACGGCCUGACGCAGAGACUGUUUUGGGUGCAGCAGGUGCUUGCCGCGGUGGGACGGUUCGAGGGGACGGAUUUUGGCGCGUUUGUCGGCGCGCAUGCGUGGUUGGCGUACAAGGACCUCCCGCUCGUGUACUACUCGCCGAUGCUGUGGGCGAGCGAGGAGGCCAAGGCUGUGUAUGUAGGGCCGGACCGCAAGUCGAUGAGCAGUCUCGUGUUGUAG